AUGUCUGAUGCGCCUUCCUCCGUGUUUGACUUUGACGACGAGGACCUGCCUAGCUCUCAGCCACUGGAUGCAACAGCGCUUGACAUCUCACCGGCCAAAGCAAAGGCUGUCCUGCGCUUAUCCGCCUCUGCCUCGCCAGCCCUGCCCUCGUUCCCGAGCCACUCAGCGCGUCGCGCUGGUGCCACUGCCGCCCAGAGUCGGCGGCCACUGAAACGCCGAAGCAGCAGCAACAACACCGCGCAACACACUGACAACGAGCCCACCGAUGGUGAUGGUGGCAGCGCAGCAGACACAAGCACACACGGCAAUGACAGUGGUGCGGCAAAGGACCCGUUGCUGGAGGAGGACAAGCCACAGGCAAAGCGACGGAGCGGCCGCACGGCCGGUGCCACCACCGGCAAGCGAGCGAAGCGCAGCCCUGCAUCCACCACUCCCGCCGCUACUGUUCUCCCUGACACCUUGACGAAGGCUUCCUCGCCCGUGUCCAGGCGCCGGUCUUCAACAAGAACACUGCCACCAGCAGCAGAGGCAACAACGGCAGUAGCAACGGAGACGAUGGUACAGAAGAGGGCGAAGAAGAUAAAGAAGUCAGUGGACACGGCUGACGAUGUGAAGGAGAAUCAGGCGUCACCGGGGAAAAGAAGAGCCGUGAUCAGGCGGACAGAGCGCAAGAAGGCGGCCACCGCAGCCACCAAGUCAUCCACUGUUACGACACCCAUCCGUGCGGACACCAUGGCAGCUGCCCCUGCAGGCGAUGUCUAUGACUUUGAGAGCGAAUUCAGUUCUGCAACACCGCUGUCGCUGCCGCUGGAGCGCAAGGCCAGCGCUCGUGCGAGCCCUGCCACCACGGCACCCGCGGCCUUCAAACGGCGGCCGCGCGCACACACGUCCAAGCUGCUGUUUGAUCAGCUCGACGUUGCGCAUUCAUCGUCGCUCCCGCGCACUCCAACGCGUGAUACAGCAGGCGACAGCCGCAGCUCCACAGCCAGCAGUGCGGCGAGCCGAGACAGCAGUGCACGCAAGGUCAAGUCUCCUGCGACACCGCAGACACCGAUGGCGAGUAGCACGGACCGUGGCGCCCACGCUCCAACCUCAGCAGCCUCCAAGCGAAACCUUCUGCUCAUGCGAAAGCCUUCUUCAGCAGCGAGCAAGCCAUCACGCACCGCUGGUUCUGGUGCGCGUGCAGCGGCUGCCAUGAAAGUCACGCUCAUGGACGAGGUGGCCAAGGGCGAGAAGCCGGUGCUGGUCAAACGCAGGAGGGCAAGCAAGCCCAGCCAGGCACAAGCGCAGCAGCAAGCAGAAUCGCUUCCGCCACCAACGCCAACGUCAGCGCCAGCUGCACCGCACACUGGACAAAAGGAGGACAAGAGCGUGACAUCGUCCAACACAACCGCCACACUGCUCACGACUCCAACCAAGACAACCAACCCAACUGACAGGCCAGCUGCCAGCCCCGCAUUUUCCCUGCCCGCGUUUCCCAAAGCAUUUGGGCGACCACGCCAAGGCUCCGCAAGAACUUAA